AUGAAAGUACAAAUCACCACAAAAGAAAACUGUGAAAAAUAUUCAAUUCGAACUGAACCAAAAUUGGUGAAUUUGAAAAGUGGGUUUGCUAGCGAAUUUGAAAUAUUUAUAACGCCGCAUUGUACUUUGAAUUUAAAUGACAAUAUCGUCAUUAUCACACUUAAACUGAACAGUGGUGAGGUGUGUACUAACAAUUUUAAAUUUAUGUGUGCCACUGAAAACAGCACCAAACUUGAUUAUGACGAAUUGAUAGAAGAGAAGAAACUUGGUGAAGGCUCAUUUGGUGUUGUUUUCAAAGGCACAUUCAGAGGGAAUAGUGUUGCAAUUAAAAAGAUGAAAAACAGUAAUGAUGACAAAGAUAAAUGUGACGAGUUUGAGAAGGAAGUGAGUAUGUUAGACAAGUUCAGAAAUGAGUAUAUUAUACAUUUCUACGGCGCCGUAUUUAUAACAAAUCACAUAUGCAUGGUUUCUGAAUUUGCAGAAUAUGGAAGUUUACAGGACUUGAUGAAACACAAAAAGAGUGAUGAAGUUGACAUGAAGUUGCGUGUCAAAAUGCUGUUGGAUGCAGCAAAGGGAAUAUCGUAUUUACACGAGAACGGGAUAUUACACAGAGACAUCAAACCAGACAACAUUCUUGUCUUUUCUUUGGAUUUAAAUCAGAAAGUAAACGCAAAGUUGACCGAUUUUGGAAGUGCGAGAAAUGUGAAUUUACUGAUGACUAACAUGACAUUCACAAAAGGUAUUGGAACUCCAGUCUAUAUGGCACCUGAGGUUCUCAAACAAAAGAAAUACACAAAAAGUGCAGAUGUGUUUUCAUUGAGUAUAACUAUGUAUGAAACUAUAUCAUGGGAAAAAGCAUAUCCACAAGACGAAUUCAAGUUUCCAUGGAAAAUAGCCGAAUUUAUUUCAUCUGGAAAACGACUUAAGAAAAUCGACUGUAUUCCCCUUUAUUUGUUUGAUAUUAUAUCUAGUUGUUGGCAACAAGAUACAACAAGUCGAACGAAAAUAGAAGUUGUUGUGGAAAUGUUGCAAAAGUAUCUCGAUGAUAAUUGA